AUGGUCACAGAUAAGGCUUCAUUGGAGGUCCAUCAUACGCAGCAGGGGCGGACUUUGAACGGAGGAAGCGGCGGUCACGUAACAGUGGAUGGAGGCUCGGCGCUUCGUCCUCCUCUAUCAGCGGUGCCUGAGGGGGCGACUGUGAGUGGAGAUGCUGUUGGGCUGCGUGGGCAUACGGACAGCUCAGCGACGAGGGCUACUAGGGGUUUCUUCAACUUGGGUAACACGUGCUUCAUGAACGCGGCAUUGCAGUGUCUAGUUCAUACCGCACCUUUGCAGAAAGCUCUGAGGAAUAUGCCACCCCCGAGGGCUCAUGGAGGAACGCUCCCUCCAGCUAGGCGGCUGGUAGAGGCAUGUCGGACGAUAAUGGAAGAGCAAUGGGGAAGUGAAGAUUUACCUCACAAAGUGAUCACGACGUCUGAUGCGUACAAUCCAGAGGCUAUGCUCAAGGCCGUGCAGGAACUAAAUCCAAUGUUCCAAGGCUAUCAUCAGCAGGACUCACAGGAGUUCCUCCAUUGUGUGUUGGACGCUAUGCAUGAGGAGCUCAGGCGGCGAGUGCCGAGGUACCCUGAGGCAUACCUAGCUGUACAUAUGCCUGAGGAGUUACCUUCGCCGACGGCCUAUUCUAGUGUUGCUUCGGAAGCUGCGGGGUCGGAGUAUAGGGAGUCAUUCAGUGAGCAGUCGAGUUCUAGCAGUCAGAGUCAGUCACCGCCAUCAGUGGAGAAGUUGGCCGAGGAGACGUCUUGGUCUAGCCCUGUGAGUGACGCCUUCCUGGGUAAGCUUAUUAGCACGGUACGGUGUAUGCACUGCAAGAACAGUAGUACUACUAUUGAACCGGUUUAUGAUGUGUCUCUACCUAUUCCUAGUGCGCCGGUGGACUUCUCAAAGAUUUCUGGUGGGUCGUUUGCGGCCAGUCCGUCUAUGAAGGUGUGUAGUGGUUUCUGGGGAUGGAUGAAUUCGGCGAGGGCGUACCUAGGAGAUGCGAAGGUCUCCUUAUACGACUGCUUGGCUACGUUCUGCCAGAAUGAGGAGCUCACUGGAAGUGAGCAGUAUCAUUGUGAUUGCUGUGAGAAAAAAUGUGAUGGACGUAAAUUCAUAAGAUUCUACUCGACUCCUGAGACUCUGGUUAUUCACCUAAAUCGAUUUCGUUAUGACGAGGGCUGGUUUGGGCAGAAGAACUCUCGUGCGGUGAGCUUCCCGGUCGAGGAAGAACUGAACAUAGCGCAGUUCAUGCACAUGGAUUCGGCCUCUGCAGUGGCGAACAGGAGCGAGGUAGUGGGAGGUGUUGGCAAUCAGACUACUGCAUAUCGUUUGACGGGACUAAUACGUCAUAUUGGUUCUGUGGGGUCUGGCCAUUACGUUGCUUAUUGUCGUCAUGAAGAGACGGACGAGUGGUUGGAGUAUGAUGAUGCUAGAGUAACUAAGGUGGACUCUGCGCAAGUUGCGGGUUUUGAAGCAUAUGUUCUCUUCUACCAGAAGGUAGCGAGUCCAGCGAGGGCCAAUGUGGUUGCUGAGCUACGUAAGGCGGUGCAAGAGGGUCAACUGCCUGGCGAUUUUCCAAGGGUGUAUGUGCCGAGGCAAUGGACGAUACGGCUGCAGUAUAUGAGCCAUCCUGGGCCUAUUAAUACGUUUACUAUGAUAUGUCCGGAUAAGUGUGUGUCUGACGUGGAGAAGGAGGAUGCUGAGCAGAGGUAUGUCCCGGUCCCCUUGGAGUUCGGGAGGAAGUUGAAGACCUUGUAUGGUGGAGGACCGCUGUUGAGCAGCUUGGAUCCUUGUGAAAAGUGUAGUUACUAUGUAAAGGCAUAUUUGAGGAGACGUGCCACAGAGCAAGCCUUGGUGGGUAAGUAUGAUACGAAGGAUAUCAAGGAUGGAGAGUAUUGGUAUAUGGUGGAUGCUGUAUGGGUUAAUAAGUGGAAGAGUUAUAUUAAAAAGGCUCAUCUCGAUGGACCUAGUUUGGCGGACACAUCAGACGAUCCGGGGCCUAUUGAUAAUUCACGUUUGGUGGAGAUGUUGAAGAGUCGGAAGGCGUGCAAGGUUCGGCAUCAUUUCGUUGCUGUGAAUGGUAAAGUAUGGCAGCUAUUCGUCUUCUUCCACGGCUCUGAGGGACCGACGAUUUGCCGAGCGUCGUUGGACAUCUAUGGCCAGGUGGGUUGCGAGGAGCUGAUAUCGCCUCCACCGGCCGAGAUCGACCCGUCUCGGGGUGGGCUCACUGCGGCGGAGCGAAGGUCUAUUAUUGAACUAAGUCAUGAUUUUGUAGAUGGGGCUAGGGCAGAUUGGAGGGCGUAUUCGGCUGAUGGUGAAGGAGAGAUAGUGGACGAGUGCAACACGUCAACGUCGGCCAAUUCGGGUGCGGGGAAAGGCGAAGCGAAGUUACGGCCUUCAAAGGAGGUUACCUUAGAUGAAGCCCUAGUGGAAGAUAGUGAUGGCAAUGCUGCUCGACAGAGCCUUUAAGCCAUUCAUGUUGGGAUGUUGCUCACAAGCUAUAGCUGUCUCUAAUGGGGACUUGCGAAUUCCCUAUUCUGCCUGGUCUUAUUCUUACAUGGCCCACUCUAGAGUCGCCGCUGUCUAUCCGUCACAAGCUGUCAGUCGACUAUUUGUCCAUAGCUUGGUUCUGCUGAGGUUUUUAUUCUCUGCUAAUGUAUCAUUAUCACGGUAACCAAGUAUACUGUAACGCCACCACUGCUCGUUAUGGUCUGGUCCGUCGUGUAAAGGCUGCCGGAUGUUGUCUUGUCUGCAUCCUUCGUUGAUCUCGGCUUUGUGAAGCUGACGGUGCUCACAGUAUAAUUGUAGUUAUU